AUGUCGCUACCCAAAAUAGGCCGAAUCUCAACGCCACAACCCCAUUAUAUGCCCGGGUACACCGGUUACUGUCCCCAGUAUAUGUAUCGCAUUGGUAAUACGUAUUCAUCGUUGACUCAUCGUUUACUGAUCGACCCCACGGUGGCCCAUUCGGAAAACUUAGUUCUUUCCGAUCGAACCAACGAUGGUUGGACCGUGGAACGCGUACCGACCGCCACACAGCUCGAUGCCGACGAUCGACGACGGGAGGAUGACGAUCUGCGGGACACCAUCUACCACCAAACGCCGAUGCCCGGCUACGAGGGGUACAUACCGAGGACGAAGGACAAGUUUGGCAAGCGGUACGCCGUAACGACGACGGAAGGGUUAUCGGAGUUCGAGCGAGACUGUCAGCGUACCCGGGCACAGCUGAAGCGGUUGCGGCACAGGGUCGCACAACCGAUUUCAACUAUUUCGAAGGCCAGUUUGGGUGAGAGAAUGUUUUGCCUGAACGAUUAUGAAAUUCCCCUCCGAAUGGUCCGGCCCGAUGCCCUGAGUGUGGUGAAGGAGGUGCCAAUGGAGAAUCUGCCUCCGUUGCCCGGUCUUCCGUACUUUUCUCGAGACACUCCACCACUGCCGAUGCUGCCGACCGGUCAUCUGGAAAAGUGGACCAAACUAGGAUACACCGGACAUAAACCAUUUUUGUGGCCACGCUUUGGUGAAGCAAACGUGUCGCUCACGUCGAAAGCACUGUGUGAUUUUACCAACAGCUAUCAGCACCGGAGAAGCACGGAGUGGGAACCGAUAGCGAUCGCUGGCGUCGGUACAACACAGCCGUCGGCCCGGGUGAACGAAAUCUACCACAAAACGAUUGGCCUGGUGCCCAACUAUCAGGGACAUGUGCCAGGGGCUACGUUUAGGUUCGGGAAAACCUUCGGUAACGAUAGCAAGGACGCGAAAAAGUAUCUCAAACGAUGCUAAUGCUGCCGGAUCCACACCAAAUGCUCGUGAUCAGUGAUCAGUGAUAAUAUAUUUGCUAACGAAAAAUGUAACAACACGGCUUAUGACA